AUGCGAAACAAAGGCGCGACCGCGCAAAAAUCCCGCGAUUUGAGGCAAGAAAAAAAAAAUUGCGUCAGGAGGUCCAUCACCGGCGCUGCAUUGCCGCCCCUCCUGUCCCUCCUGCCCCUCCUGCUCCCUCCUGUUCUUCCUGCCCCUCUUUCUCCUUCCGCUCCUCCUGUCUCUCCUGCCCCUCCCGCCUCUCCCGCUUCUCCUGCCUCUCCCGCUCCACCUGCUCCUCCUGCCUGUCCCGCUCCUCCUGCUCCUCCUGCCUCUCCCUCUCCUCCUGCCUCUCCGGUAACUCCUACCCCUUCUUUUCCUCCUUAUCCACCUGCCCUUCCUAUCUCUCCUGUUCAUCCUGCCCAUCCUCUACCUCCUGCCUCUCCUGUACCUCCUACACCUCCUGUAUCUCAUGCUCUCCCUGCCCCUCACCACCACAUCACCGCCACAUCACCACCACAUCACCACCACAUCACCGCCACAUCACCGCCACAUCACCACCACAUCACCACCACAUCACUCAGCUAUCAAAGCUCGCCGCAGAAUACCUGA